AUUCUCUCUCUCUCACACCCACACACUAACACACACACAGUUUUUUGUCCAAAGUUAUAGUCUUUCAUAACAUAUUGGAGAAUUUAGAGUAGCAACUGGCAGAUUUCUCCAACACUAGCUAACCUAACUAACUGUUUCGCAAUUUUUCCAUUUGGGUUUUUCAUAUUCAUGCUGAAAGUACACUAUUUGAACAGUUAUUUGCACCAUUCUUACUCUUUUUUCUGAUAUUUUCACUCUCUGAGUAGCAAUAGAAGAAAUGAAAGAGCCCAUCUUCCUCUUGGCUCUAUCCUAGUGAAAUCAUCAGUCCUCUCUGAUUUAUUGGAAAAAAGAGAGAGAGACCACCUUUCUUGGUCUUUUUCCCUUUGCUUUGCCAUUUUCUUUUACUUUACAUAUUACUUCCCUUCUUUUCUUCUCUGAUGUAUUUCAUUGCCAUAUGGGGUUCAAAUUAUUUAUCAGACUGUGGUGCAAAAAGGUGGGGUUUUGGGGGAUUACCCAUUGGUAGUGAGCACAUGCCAAUGCCCUUUAAAGAGGCAGUUAGAGCAGCUUGGAAGGCAGUUGAUAGGGGGCUCUCUGCUUUAGAUAUAGUUGUAGAGGGGUGCUCAGCUUGUGAGGAGCUUAGAUGUGAUGGCACUGUUGGGCCUGGUGGGAGCCCAGAUGAGAACGGAGAAACCACAAUCGAUGCAAUGGUCAUGGAUGGGACGACAAUGGAGGUCGGUGCUGUUGCAGUAAUGAGAUAUGUCAAAGAUGACAUCAAAGCUGCACAAUUAGUUAUCAAACACACCGAACACACUCUACUUGUGGGGGAGAAAGCCUCUGAAUUUUCCAUUGCCAUGGGCCUUCUAGGACCUAUGAACCUGAGUUCAACAGACUCUAUGGAUAAAUGGAUGAAAUGGAGGGAAAAUUCUUGUCAACCCAACUUCUGCAAGAAUGUCUUCCCUAUCAAAGCUUGUGGCCCUUAUAGUCCAAUUAGUGCAGCAUCUGGUUUGAGAGAUGAUCCUAAGGGAUUACACUUAGGGGAAGCGAACUGUGGAGUAGGUGAUCCAUUAAGAACUAUGUCUUUGGGAUCUGUUCCUGUGCGCCCACAUAACCAUGAUACCAUCUCCAUGACUGCAAUUGAUAAAGAAGGACACAUUGCUGUUGGUACAUCAACAAAUGGAGCAACUGUCAAGAUCCCUGGUAGGGUGGGUGAUGGGCCAAUUGCAGGAUCUGCAGCGUAUGCUGAUGAUGAAGUCGGAGCUUGUGGUGCAACUGGGGAUGGUGACAUCAUGAUGCGCUUCCUUCCAUGGUAAUUUUGAUUUUGCGAACACUGGGCUUAGCAUAAUAUGCUUUACAGAGAUGUAGUGUUCAGGUGUUUCAUUGAAGGGGCCAUAUACUUCACUGCAUUGCUCAAGAUAUUUGUGAGUUUUGCUCUCGAAUUUUUAUAUGGUUUUGUAUGCCGAGAGGGCAGUCAAUUUUGGGAAAAUUUAACAUCAUCUCAAGCGAUCAGCUUUGCUUAGGGCUUGUUUAGAUCCCGCGGAAAUGUGGAUCCCUCCGUCAAAGUGUAUCCAAACAUUAUCAUUUUACGGUUUUUCUUGAAACGUGAUUUUCAGAAAUCUGAAUCCAGGGAA